AAUCCUCAUUUUUGUCACAAGACAGGCCAUGGCAGCUAAAGUACAAGGGCUGGCAGCAUGAGCCCCCGCAGAGAUUCACAUGAAGACAUCUUAACAUGGCACAGGGUAGCAAGGCCUCCUGGAUGGGUAAAGUUGACCAAGAGGGACUGUGGGAAGAGGCAGCCACCAUCUGUGCUUGACCCACAUGCUUUCUGGGAAACAGAUUUUGCUAACUACCAAGAUGGAGUUAUAAGGGCCCCUUUUUCCAUAUAUGGGCCCAACAGCCACAGGGCACACACGGCUUUUCCAGCAGGGCCAAAGCAUGCAGUGAGUCCAAAGGGCCACUGGGAUGCUGCUGCAGAGAGCAAAGAAGCGACAACUUUCAACGACUUGUUUGUUCUGGCUCAGGCCGCUCGCCUGGUUGACAUCACAUCCUGAAGGCAGGGAGACCGGCACCUCCACAGGCAGGGUGGGCAGAGCCCGGACAAUCUGAAAGAGAGCCGGACCUGGCCUCUCGCAUUUGCCGAGUGAGGCAGGAAGGUGGACGGAGGAUGCCAAGGAGAAAUGCCAUGCCCGUGAGGUCUCAAACGCGGCUUCCCGCUAUGGGGGAUCCAGAAGAGCUGGGAAAGGCUUGAAGGGCAAGAGUGCAAGGAAAGGCCCCUUUAACUGCAGAAGGGAAAAUGGAUUCUUGCCGAGAACCUCAACUCUUGCAAUUCCACAAUGGUUUCUGGUAAUUUGCCUGUUUGGGCAAUUUUACUUAUACCUUUUGCCUUCUGGGGAUCUGAAAGUCUUCAGAUGGCAUCACCAGGCACUGCUGAGCCAACUGGCAAACAUGACCCAGAGCAGCUUCCAGUCCAAGCCUUCCAAACUGUUCUGUUAAGACGGCUGGGCUUGCAAAGGCGCCCAGACCCAAAGCCAAAACUUCUGGUUCCCCAGUACCUGCUGGAUUUAUACCAAUUCUGGCUGAGACAGGCUCCAUUCUCUCCAAGGGACACUGAACAACCUUUCCUGGAGGCGCGAGCAGCAACAGCCAACACCGUGCGCACGUUCCAUCACGUUGAGGAUCUGGUCCAUGUCUCGGAAGCGGCAGGAAGUUCAUUCUAUGUCCUGUUCAACCUCACCUUGCUGCCUCAGGAGGAAGAGCUGACUGCCCUUGAGCUGCGUCUCUAUCCCUCCCAUAAGGAAAGCCAAGGUCUAUACAUCAACGUCUACCACGCAAUGGACCCCCCGCCUGCUGCCACAAACAAAAGCAGACUCCUCACGUGUCAAUUUGUGACUCUCAGUCAGCCCCAGUGGGUGAGUUUUGAUGUUACAGCUGCUUUCGAGAAGGCUGGAGAACCGGAGCGAAACCUGGGGUUUCUUGUUGAGAUGCAGCCUUCCAACAGCAGCCGCCAUCCUCAGCACCGUCAGAUUUCCCUUCGCGUAAGACGCUCUCCUGGAGAAGAGGAGACCCAGUGGGCUCUCGAAAGACCUCUACUGGUCACCUACAGCCAUGACCAAAGAGGGCAACCUCUGACACACAGAAAAAGGCAAAGCAGAAGCCGGCCUAUUAGAGGCAGAGGAACUACUAAAGUCCCAGCCACCAUGAAGAAGCACAAGAAUCUGAAGCCAAAGACCAAAACCAGCACAAGGUGCAGAAGGCACCGUCUGUUUGUGGAUUUCAAGGCGGUUGGGUGGAAUGACUGGAUCAUUGCUCCUAGUGGCUACCACGCUUUCUACUGCUCUGGGGACUGCCGGUUUCCGCUGGCCGACCACAUGAACUCUUCCAGCCAUGCUGUAGUGCAGACCAUCCUGAAUUCAGUGAACUCCAAAGUGCCCAAGGCAUGCUGUGUCCCAACCGAGCUCAGCCACAUUGCUAUGCUUUACCUAGACCAACAUGAUAUGGUGGUCCUUAAGACCUAUCAAGACAUGGUGGUGGAGGGAUGUGGGUGCCGUUAGAACCAAACAUGUACAGAAAUGUCUUUUCUCAGUAUUGAAGCUAGGGGAGUCUUUCAGUAAAAGUUAUGGACAAUAAAGUCAGGACUGUCAAAA